AUGAAGAUAGCCAUCAUCGGUGGUGGCAUUUCCGGCUUUACAGUAUACCUCGAGCUAAAAAAGCAUCUGUUAAAGGGCGACGACUCUGCCCAAGACCUCGAUAUCAAGAUAUACGAGGCCUACGACACCGGAAAAGACGUCACGUUUGAGGACCGAGAGCAAGGACCGACGUAUUCCUCCACGCUCAUCGUCGGCGGUGGACUAGGCAUCGCACCCAAUGGCCUCAGGGUCCUUCAGCGGCUUGACGAGAAGCUUCUGCGUGAAGUCACUCGUGACGGAUAUGUGAUAACGCGAUCCAACUUCAAGAACAAGAAUGGGAAUCUGCUCAUGUAUAUCGAUUCCAAUGAAGCCACCGCCAGGAAGUCAGGUGAGGCUUCAAAGGAUCUCAACAUGGUAGCGUGCAGUCGCCAUUCGUUUUGGAGGUCCCUACGUACUCGCAUUCCAGACGAGGAUAUCAUCACCAAGCGCGUGUCGCAAGUCAUUGCCAAUCCUGAAGGACGAAACAUUGUCCGUUUCGUCGACGAAAGCGAGCCAGUAGAGGCUGACAUCGUGAUUGGCGCUGACGGUGUGAAAUCAGUUGCCAAAAGGGCUUUGUUUCCGGAGGUGGCAGAAGACCGAUAUCCUCCCCAUUACGAAGGCCUUGUCGGGAUUGGAGGUUUCAUGCCGGCAACGGGAUUGGCGGAGUCUGUCGAUAAGGGGUCAAUGAACUUCAUCUUUGGAGGCAAUGGCUUCUUUGGGUACUUUUAUUCACACAGCGACCCCUCAGAUCCCAACCGUGAUAAUCCAUACCUCGCUUCUAAGCCAGGAGAAACACUGGCCUGGUGGUCCACGUAUGAGAUUAAAGAAUGCCCAGAUCGCAGCACACUCGACAUGGACGAUGUUUCCCGACAGCUUCGAGAGAGGCACGCUCAGUGGAAAGAUCCCGUCAUCCAGCAAGUCAUAAAAUCAGAGCGCGUUACGCACAUGUAUCCCACAUGGACGUCACCACCGCUCCCAACUUGGGAACGCGACGGAGUUGUCCUGCUUGGAGACGCAGCACAUGCCCUGCCCUCGACUUCGGGUCAGGGUGUAUCACAAGCACUAGAGGACUGCGAAUCGUUUGUCCUAUUCCUGGCACACCAGAUGAAACGGGCAGAUCUGAGCAAGCCAGACGCUGAGAAGCAAGCCGCGAUCAAGGCCGCAAAACAAUACAUGGAGCUUCGAAAGCCACGCGUCACGGAGAUACUAGAAAAUGCGAAAAAGAUUCAGAAUUCAAAGCGCGACAUGGGGGUCGUCCGAGAGUAUGCCAUGUACACGAUGUUCAAAUUGCUCAGCUUCUUCCCCAACACUGUGAUAAAGCCGACGCGCAAACUUUACGAGUAUGAUGUUGCCGAAGAAGCUGCUCAAAUGAUUGCCAGUGAUGGUUAG